UAACAUAUGUCACUAAAAUUGGGAUUGUCAGUGUUCGAUUCCCUACACAGUGGCAUUUCUUGAUACAAGAUGAAAAGAGCAGACCAUAUUUUGUGGAUGCCACUCUUAACAUGUCAAAUGCCAUAAACCUGAUUCGUUGGAUGGAUGAACUUCCAUUUUUGGCAGCCUAUACGAUGAUGCACGGAAGUAACUCAUUAUUGUGAGAGCUGACUAUUUUUGCUGCAUCAUGUGAUUGUUGACUAGCCCAGGUGACGACAAAGACUAAUAUACAUUUGUUUCAGGCUCUGCUUUAUUUAGGGCUGAGUGAUAUUUACUGAAUCUUGUGUUGUGGAUCCUCCAUAUAUAAGUACUGGAUGAAAUUAAAAAUAUCUGGUAUAUAAAUAACUAAUUACUGAUUCAAGAAAUGAGUAUAAAUACUAUGUAUAUUCAUUCUUGGUUUGGAAUUGAAAAGAAUAACACUAUAAUUACUUGUUUAACAGUAUUCAUCAGUAAACAAGAUUUAUAUUCUCAUUAGUAAAAUCACUUUUUGAAAAACAAUCUACUCAAAUCUAAAUAUACAUUUAUCCAUACAAUAAUAAUGGAACUGGAAAUAAGAAAACCAGUUAAAAACCAACAACAACAGCAACAACAACAAAAUCAAGGAAAUAUUGAAUUGUUACAUACAUCUUCUAGUACAUUAUGCUCAAUUAUCUCAGCCACGCCUAAUUGGACAAAUGCUGCAUUAAUUGGUGAACAUUUAUGGAAUGAUACAACUUCUACGGAAACGUGUUAUGUUGAUGAAUCAGAAUGUACUAAAUCUGGAGCGAAAAGGAAAUGCACUGUUUGUCAUAUUGUUUGUCAUGUAAAUUGUCUUCCAUUGGUUCAGGUAUCUUGUAGACCAACAUUUCGUGAAGCAUUUAUUCAUGAUUAUCGUACAGAAAAAACUUAUACGACACAUCAUUGGGUUAAACGACGAAAACAAAAUAAAAAAUGUAACCAUUGUGGAAAGUCUUUACAAUCAAUACUGGGAUUUUCUUCUAAAGAAUAUAUAACGAUUCAAUGCACUUGGUGUAAAAUAGGUUAUCAUAAUAAAUCAACUUGUUUUCAUGAAUCAUAUUUCACUGAACCAUGUUCAUUAGGACCAUAUUCAAAUUUAAUUGUUCCACCUGAUUGGAUUAUUAAAUUAACUGAUAGAAAUAAUCACAAAUUAUCCUCUUCUCCAUCAUCAUCAACAUCAACACCAUUAACAUCUAUAUCAAUAUGUCGAUCAAAUAGUUUUGUUACACCUUCAUGUUUAACAAAUUAUAAAUUAAAUUCAUCUUCAAUUCGUUCUUCAUAUUCUCGUCCAGAUAAUCUUAAUGAUUCAAAUCAAUUAAUGCAUAAUAUAUCAGAACAAUUAACUUCUAUGACAUCUAUAAUAACAAAUAAUGAAAAUAAACAAUCUAUUUCAAUGAAUCAAUUCAAUAUUAUUAAUAAUCAAUCAAAUUUAUCAUUUGUAAUUAAAACAAAUCCAAUCAAUAAUGUUUCUUUAAAACCAUUAUUAGUAUUUCUUAAUCCAAAAUCUGGUGGUAAUCAAGGUAUAAAUUUAUUAAAAAAAUUUCAAUGGUUAUUAAAUCCACGUCAAGUAUUUGAUUUAUCUAAAGGUGGACCAAAAAUGGGUUUAGAAUUGUUCAGUCGUGUACCAAAUCUACGUAUCCUAGUAUGUGGUGGUGAUGGUACAGUUGGUUGGAUAUUUUCUACUAUUGAUUCAAUGAAUUUUAAUACAAUACCACCAGUUGCUGUAUUACCAAUAGGUACUGGAAAUGAUUUAGCUAGAGCAUUAAAUUGGGGUUCGGGUUAUAUUGAUGAAUCUGUAUCGAAAAUAUUAAACUCCGUUUAUGAAGGUCGUGUUAUUGCGUUGGACAGAUGGCAAGUGAAUAGUGAAGUACGAACAGAUUUUCAAAUAACUCAACAACUAACCGACUAUGAAGAUGAUGAUUCCACAAAAAAUAGACCAAUUUCAGAUACAUUACCCUUGAAAGUUUUCAAUAAUUAUUUUUCUCUUGGUGCAGAUGCUGCAACAGCAUUACAAUUUCAUGAAUCAAGAGAAGCAAAUCCUGAAAAAUUCAAUAGUCGUUUAAAAAAUAAAUUAUUUUACGCUGGGCUUGGUGGUAAAGAUCUACUUCGACGAAGUUGGCGUGAUCUAUCGGAACAUAUUACACUUAUUUGUGAUGAUGAAGAUUUAACUCCACUUAUCCGUAGUUUGAAACCACAUUGUAUAUUGUUUCUAAAUAUUCCAAGAUAUGGAUCUGGCACCUUACCAUGGGGUCAGCCAACAGCAGAAUUCCAACCUCAAAGAAUUGAUGAUGGUUAUAUUGAAGUCAUAGGUCUUACAUCGACGUCAUUAGCAACUUUACAAAUAGGUGGACAUGGUGAUCGAAUUUGUCAAUGUCGUCGUGUACAUCUUACAACAGAUAUAGUUAUCCCUAUGCAAAUGGAUGGUGAACCAUGUCGUUUAAUGCCAUCAAAAAUUGAUGUAUUCUGUUCACAUCAAGCAUUAGUCAUACAAAAAUUAACACGUUCACCUAUCUCAGCUGUAACACUUAACGAAUUUUGCAAUCAUUGUAAUUGUUUUGCUUAACAUCACCAUAAAUGUUAGAUUAUGGAUCAUAUCAUAAUUGAUUUGUCACAGCUGAUUCAUCAUUAUUAUUUCUUCUUUUUGUUGUUGAUAUUAUCUUUCAAUCAUUGGAUAUUCACUUCACUAUUAUUGUUUUGUUUUGUUUUAAUUUCUUAAUGAUUAUUAUGAUUAUGUAAUUAAAAUAAUUAUUCAUUUAAUUAAAAUUUAUUGUUACCAUCUAUAUCGAUCAUAAAAUAUGACAAUCUGUUUUCGAUUGUUUCUUUUUUGUAUAAAAAAAAGUAUCAUGAGGGUUAACAAGUAUUUAUGUCCCCCCUCUCUCUCUUUCUAUCUCUCGACCUCACUUUGUCCCUCAAUCUGCAUUAAGUGUCUUUAUGUUUCAAAUCUUUGUACGUUACGUUAAAAUCGCUUCAUAUCUUUCUUUCUACGAACCAAUUCUUUCUUCUUGUACUAUAUCUCUAUAUGCAAUCUUUCUCUUAUAUAUUACCACCUUUUACCUAACCACUGUUAUGAAUCUGGUGUUCAUCUUGUUGUGUUGAUGCGGUAUGGCAACCUGGACCGAUGCACAUAUGUGCCUGGUCCUACAUUGUAGCUGACUGACUGACUGACGUUACUGUUGAGCUGACCACAUUAUUAUCAAACCGGAAGAGGAGAAAUCUUUAGCUAGUUAAUUUCGCAUAUAUAAAUAUAUAUAUAGGUAGAUAGAUAGAUAAUCGAAUGUUCUGAUUCCUAUGUCCCUCUUGUUAUACAAAUGACCAAGUAUUUUGAUUUUCUUAAACAAUUUCUGUACAAUCAUUAACAUAUUUAAUCAUUGUAAUCUUCUGUAAUUAAAUUUUUUAAUAUUUAAUUAUUAUAUAAAUUAGAACACAAUCAAUAUGAAAGAUAAAGUUGGUAUGUUUGUUUGUGUUGUUUUUGUUAUUGUCAUUGUUAUUACAUCGUUUGUUAUUUUCUCUAAAUAACUGAGUUAAUUGAUUGAAUUGGUUUACAUUAUUUCAAAUCUGUACAUUUGUGUAUUACUGA